CUUUGGUUGUGGUUGUAAAAAAAAAAGAAGCAUGGUGUUACUUCAUCAAGACCUGCAACAUGGAGUUUAAUCUGUGUUCAAGCUUUUAAUCUGGAGUUCACAAGUUUAAAAGGAGUGUAAUCUGUGUUUUUUAUUAUAUUUUAUUGUUCUAUUGACAGUACCUGGAGGUUCGUGGUUUGCAGGCUAACACGUGUGUGGGCAUGUGUUUGUGAUAGCUGUGUAUACUUUUUUUCUCUCUGUUGUCUCCAGUUUAAUAGCCUGGGUCCUGAGUCCUGCAUUCUCCUGAAAGAUAUACUACUUAACCCCAACAGUACUAUUAGUUCUCUACAGUAAGACGCUGACUCUUUACCAGGUUUAUGGCCUUAUUGCCUUUUCUAUGGCUCAAAAGGUAGACAAUGGUAAUAAUAAUAUUGACUCAUCAAUGGAAUUUACAACUUCAGUAUAAUUAAAGCUUUAAAUAAAUAUUGCCUUAUUUAUUCAUUUGCUUUGGUCAGAAAGUGGCAAUUUCUCUAAUGUAAGAACUUGCACACAUUACACUUCAAAUAAGAUGUUUAAUGUAUGAAGAUGGACAACUUGUCCAAACGAGUGUUGGUCUAAUGUCUAACUAACAGAUAUGCUGUUUCAACCAGUCUUCACUUGUCCAGUCUGAAUGCUGAUACAGUGCCCUGUGACUGUCCCUCUGUAGCCUGUGUUAUAACCCCCUGUUGAAGUCCAGGGCUCGCUGUCUGCUGGACACCCUGCCAGGGAACCAGUCUCUCAGGACAGCUGUCCCUGAUGCACAUGGGCGAUACAGGGGCCCGCGAGCUUGCCGAGAGGCUCAACAAGCACACUGGCCUGCAGGAGCUCAACGUGGCCUACAACAACAUCGGGGACAACGCUGCUCUGACCCUGGUGUACGCCUGCAGUGAGCACCUGAGCAUCCACACUUUGCACUUGUACCUGAAUCCUCUCAGCAACGUGGGGAAACAGUCCCUGUACGUACGAGAAGUCCCACUGGAGCAGGGAGGUACGAGGCGGCGUGUGAAGGUGCUGGCCUCGGUCACCGAAUUCUCAGACAUCUCGGAGGACUGGCACCCCAUCCUGAGCGUCACCAGUAAGAACGCCUCGUCCUGGGAGCGGGAACUCGUCUGGGAACAGCUGCAGAUCUUCCACCGGGACCUGGAGUGGGGGCAGGCAGCAGGCGCCAAGCUUCUGGGAAACGAUGCACUUCCGCAGGGUGGAGAACGGCGUCAGGCAGACCCUGCAGAUGCUACUGAAGAAGAUCCCGAUAGGGACUGACGAGAGUGCCAAAUAAUGGAAAAGCAAUGUUUGGGGAUUUUAACAUGAGCCAUGAUCCUUCAUUUUGUUUGACUGUAUCUGUU